AUGGCCAGUACCAAUGUUUCCUGUUCUAAAGAGGCAUUCAUCCUUCUGUCGAUCGGAAUCAUAGUCAUCUGUCUACGAACAUACGCAAGGAUACGGCAGGUCGGCAUCCGAAACCUCGAGGCUGACGACUAUUUGAUGCUGCUGGUCAUCAUUCCGUAUACAAUUGAAUCGGGCCUUGCGUAUAUGGUCAGAGCACGAUUUCAUGGAUUAACGAAUAGCUGGAUGACAGACGACGAGCGCGAUGCUUUAUUACCGCAGAGUGACGAAUAUCGAUGGAGAGUUGGCGGGUCCAAAAUACAAGUUGCCGGCUGGACUAUGUACGCAACAGUACUUUGGGUCAUCAAAAGUGCGCUGUGCGCCUUCUAUUUCCGACUCACGGCUAGUCUUGCAGGUUACAAGACUCGCAUCUAUAUCGGCUUUGGCAUGAUCCUCUCCACAUAUGCCAUAGUACUCUCAUGUAUUCUUUUGAGCUGUCAGCCAUUCAAUCAUUUCUGGCAAAUCAACCCUGACCCAGGCAACUUGUGCCAGCCUGCCUUAUCCAAGUUGUAUAUCUUUAUCGUGGUCAGCCUCAACAUUGCCACCGACGUUUACCUACUCGCUAUUCCGAUCCCCAUGCUUUGGGGAGCUGGUAUUCCGAAAGUCAAGAGGUAUGGACUGCUACUGCUAUUCUCUGGUGCCAUCUUUGUUAUAGCGGCUGGAUUGUUGCGGUGCUUCCUUAUCCUCUACAACCCACAAACAGGCCCCCAACAAGGUGCUUCAUGGGCUGUUCGAGAAUCCUUCGUUGCUAUCGUAACGUCCAAUAUACCGAGCACAUGGGCAUGGAUGCGCCAGAAACUAAAACCAGUCUUCGGCUCACUUCUAUCAUCCAACAAGAACAGCUCAAAGUCUAAUAAAGAGCCUCAACCUGAGAGCAUCAAGCCUGAAGACAAUAGAGCAAUUUAUAACAACAGCGGUGGAUGGUCAACUAAUUCGACGAUUGGAUACGGCAACAAAGAUGAUCCCAUUAUUUACACUCAACACAACUCUAUGCUGCAGGGUGAUGACGUGGAACCGUGCAAGGUUUACAUACCAAACUUCGACGGGUUUUCACAUGAAGGCGAGUUCGCAGUUGAGGUGUCGUGGGCUCGAUACUUGUGA